AUGGCUCCAAUGUGGGGAAUGUCGAAUAUGCAAUACUACAAGAAUUUGGCUUCGCAUGCAGCUCGUCCACCCGAGACUCCUUUCGAUACAACAAAGAUAAAGAAAUUUCUUGACGAGCGAAGAGCAAGCGCCGAACAAGCGAGAAUCCUGGCAAACACGCAUUUUGCCGGCGGCACGCCCGGGGAUAUGCAGUCACUAUGGCCGUAUCAAACCUACAAACCGGUCACAUGGGACAAAUAUUAUGACACGGAAACGCCGGAAAAACAACCCGCCAUUUCUUCGGGAGUGGCUGCCGGAGUGACAAUCGGUAUCUUUUUCAUGGUUUUCAUUUUGACAUUCGGUUGCCGAAUCUACAGUCAAUACGUUGAUCGAUCGAGUGGAACACAGCAGAGAAAUACACGAGAUUCAAGCACGCCCGAAUCAAUGAUGAGCGAGUCAUUGGCAGCGGAUUUGUGGAUUUGUGGUGUCCCCUCCGAUCCUCCUCCACCAUACGAGAUUGCCAUUCAAAUGCCCAAACACAACCCGAAAGCACCACCACCAAUUGCCGUUGAGGUG